AAAAAAAAAAAAAAAAAAAGGGGAGACCUCCCUGCAGGACAAAUAAUGUCGAUGAGCCCCAAGCAUACGACCCCCUUUUCCGUGUCCGACAUCCUGAGUCCGCUGGAGGAGAGCUACAAGAAGGCCGCCGCCGCCGCAGCCGCCGCCGCCUCGAUGGAGGCCGCCGCCGGCACCGGCACCGGGGGCGGCGGCGGCGGAGGAGGCUACCGGCAGCUGCAAGGGACCCCCCAAGCGGCCAUGCAGCAGCAGCAGCAGCAGCAGCAGCACCACCACCACCAUCACCACCACCACAUGGGUCCCACCGUCGGCGGCGGCGGCGGCGGCGGCGGAGGGGGCGCCGGGGGGGUGUCGUACCACAUGAGCGCAGCCGGAGUGCCGCAGCUGUCCCACGGCUACUGCAACGGAAGCGUGCCCGGCGCCGGGGACCUGCACGCGGCGUCCUACCAGGCGGCGGAGGGGGUCAGGGCCGCCGGCUGGUACGGAGCCAGCCCGGCGGCCGCCGCUGCAGCCGCCGCCGCCGCCGCCGCCGCCGCGGCGGACCCCCGCUUCUCCACCAUCUCCCGCUUCAUGGGCUCGUCGCCGGGCAUGAACAUGGGCGGCGUGGGCGCCGUGGGGGCCAUGGGCGGCAUGGGCGGCCUGGGCUCCCUGGCGGAGGCGCACGCCAAGGCCGGCGUGCACGGCUCGCUGAGCGCUGCGCCGCGGCGCAAACGGCGCGUCCUCUUCUCGCAGGCGCAAGUCUACGAACUGGAGCGCCGCUUCAAGCAGCAGAAGUACCUGUCGGCCCCCGAACGCGAGCACCUGGCCAGCAUGAUCCACCUGACGCCCACGCAGGUGAAGAUCUGGUUCCAGAACCACCGCUACAAGAUGAAGCGGCAGGCCAAGGACAAGGUGUCCCAGCAGCAGCUUCAGCACCAGGAGGGGGGGUCGUGCAGCCAGCAGCAGCAGCAGCAGCAGCAACAGUCCCCCCGCAGGGUGGCGGUUCCGGUUCUGGUCAAGGACGGCAAGCCGUGCCAAGGCAGCGGACCCGCCGCGGCGCAACAGCAUCAGCACCAACAACACCAACACCAGCACCAGCACCAGCACCAACAACACCACGCCCACCCCCACCCCCACCCCCACCCCCACCCGCACCCGCAGCAAGCAGCCAACGUCAUGCUCAUGUCCGGCCAGCAACAGCAGCCGCAGCAGGUGGAGGGCCACUCCCCGGACCUGCAGGGGGGGCCUCCGCUCUCGGCCAGCCCCCCCGCGCUCCUCCACAGCCAAGUGGCCGGACUGUCGCACCUCAACUCCCCCGCGGCGGGGGGCGAGUACGGAUCGGCGCUGCAGUGCUCGGCGCUCUUGUACGGCAGGACGUGGUGACCGCCGCCAAGGAAAAAGGGAAAAAGCGCCCCGAAAAAAAUAAAAACAAAGACGCACAGCAAAGCAAACAAACAAAAAAAAAAAAACAACAACAAAAGAAAAAAAAAUUUGGGGGCCCCGAGCUGGACGACCCCCAAACACACACACACAAUGUGCGAUUCUUUUAUGUAAAUGAGCCGAAGGGUAAAAGUCCUUUCAACGGACUUCAUCAAAACUCAAAUUUAUCAUUUGGGAUUUUGGUGAGGGGUGUGUGUGACGUCACAUUUCAAAUCACGUGCAACAGAUGCAGACGAACCAACGAAGUAGCCCCCCCCCCCCACUUUGCUUUUUGGGGGCAUGGAAGAAAAAACGACGAGGAAAAAGAAGACAGCAGCUCGAUUGGUGUACAGUUUUUUUUUUCUCUUCUGUUGUUGUUCGUUUGGUAUUUGUACGUUUAUAUGUAACUUAUAGAUAUUUGACUUACCAUUAAAAGAAGAAAACAAACAAACAAAAAAAAAAACGGUCCUAUUAAUAAAUUAUGGAAAGAUAACUCCCUCCCUCAUUUGUGGAAUAUAUCCUCAGCCUUCAUAUGCCGGACGAGAAAAUAUAAGCCCAAUUGAAGGAAUGAUGAGCACGCCUGGCUUGGGUGCGGGCAGCCUGGGAUCGAUUCCCGCUCAGUGAUGAUGUUGAUGUGUGACUGGCGACCACCUUAGAGUGCGGUCCGCCUUUCGCCCGAACCCUGACCCUUCUGAGGAUAAGCGGCUUGGAAAAUGGGUGGAUGGACGGUGACAAAUAAUAUGUCACGUAUUUAAGAGAAGUGGUUUUAUUUGUAUUUUGUUCUGCCUCAUAAUGCACUCGUUCAAUACAAAUCUAUUCACAUCGUAUUAGUUCUAUUUUUCAUGUAGAUUUUAAUUUUCCAUUAAAAACAUUUCUAUCACAGUAUUAAAUAUAAAAACGCCAUUAAUAGAAACGUCACAUUUUAUAUUUGAAAACAUUUUCUAGGUCCAGCGUCAAAAUACUUCUACCUGUUCAUAAAACAAAACAAACUGCACAAAAAUAUAUUUAUACACAAUACAUAUUCACUAUUGCAAUCAUACCUUUAGUUAUCAAUUUUCAAAGACAACAAUUUCUAUUUUGUUUUUGUUUUGUUGUUGACGACCUGGGCCUGGAAAAAAAAACAUUUGAACGUGAAAAAGUAAUGAUUAAAUAGCGCAGUUGAUUAUUAAAUAAGAUUUUAACAAUCGACUAAAAUAGAACAAUUUUGUAAGUCAUCUGCAACUAUUUUUUUUAAACCAUCGCCUUACUUAAAUUAUGGAAAAAUGUUUGUUUUUUUUCCAUGUCCUUGAUGGCAUAUUUUGUCACAACCGAACCCUGUAAAACAUAUAAUAUUACAUACAUAAAACACAAAUGAUAAAUAUUUGAAAUAAUAAUGUCGUAAUAGUGUUAGCCCCCGCCCUCCCCCCGCGCCAUGUCAGAGGUCGUUUGAAUUGCGUUGAAUGAUUUGCUGAGAACAAGCAAAGUAACUCACAAAGGCCCGACACGAGCGGCCAGCAAAUAGUCGGUGCAUUCUUGCAGCAAAUAGUCAGUGCAGCUUUCUUUGUGUUGGGGCUGCUCCGUUUGCUCAGUAAACUUCAGAUUUUUUUUUUUUUUUUUCCUUUCGACUCAUUUUUUUUGGGGGGGGAGGGGGGGAUUACUACGUGUGCGCGCGUGUGUGAGUCAGCACACAUCAAACGAGAUUUUUUGUUUUGUUUUUUUAACCAAGCUUAUCAUGUCCAAACUUCAUUUUAUCACCAAUCAAUCACCGCAAUUGAAUGGGAGAGAUUAGUAAGAGGCCUCAAUGACAAAUUUUUCGUUUGUUUGUUUUUUUUCCACACCAGGCUUUGUAUUUUUUUUG